UUUGGGGAGGCAUCUACCUGACAUACUAUACAACAGCACACAGUGAGUUAAGGGCCGUCUCAGAGUCUCAGUUCUCAUAGGCAGGGCCUCCACAAAAUGAUUUUAAAGGCUCUCAUUUCAUACACAGGGCUACACACUCAUGAUCUCCCUCUCUGUCUCUCAGCACACCUUCUGAACUGUAGAAAAUGGACCUGAGGAUGUUAUUUUUCUACUUUAUGAUUGCACCAUGGAUGUUAUGUGCAACUACACAAAAUGAUGAAACGGAACUUAAAAACAGUGGUUUUCUGAUAGUGGAUUUUGAUGACUGGCAGUCCAAAGAUAGUGUUUUAAUGGAGGCGAAGAAAAAAAAGGAAAAGGUCAUUGCAGUCUCAGACUAUGAAAGCAUUGAUAAUACAGGUGAAGAAGGUUCAGCAGUAGAGAAAAAAGAAGAUCUUCCCACUUGCUUGCUGUGUGUAUGUUUGUCUGGAUCUGUGUAUUGUGAAGAGAUCAGCCCAGACAUGACAAAAAUCCCAGCUUUGCCAAGGGAAACAGCAUACCUUUAUGCACGCUUUAACAAAAUCGCCAGAAUCACCAGCAGCGACUUUGCUGAUGUUGCCACAUUGAAAAGGAUCGAUCUGACUGCCAAUCUCAUUUCGGAAAUAGAGGAUGGAGCCUUCUCCAAACUGACCCAUCUGGAAGAACUUACUCUUGCUGAGAACAGACUAUUCAAGCUACCAAUGCUGCCUUCAAACCUUGUCUCACUCAAUGUCAAUUCCAAUAAACUCAAAACAAAAGGUGUCAGAGCAACUGUUUUAAAGAAACUCAAAAAACUGGCAUAUCUCUACCUUGGUGACAAUGAACUGGAGGCCGUUCCACCACUUCCUGAGAGUCUGCAUGUUGUGCAUCUGCAUAAUAACAACAUAACCAGCCUGACAGCUGAAACCUUCUGCAAGAGUAACGACACGCACUACAUCAGGUACAAGAUGCAGGAGGUGCGACUGGAUGGGAACCCAGUGAUAUUUUCCCAACAUCCAAACAUCUUCAUCUGUCUGAGAUCUCUUCCAAUCGGCCUCUACAAGUAAGCUGAAGAUCCAGUGGAAGGACUGUAGAGAGACGACACAUUCCCUCUGCAGCUGUCUAACUGGCACCUGGGGCUAAUAUGACCACAUUCGGUUAUUAUUCCAAGCACCCUUAGUAUCUGCAAAAGGCUUUCAAAGCUUGGCCUAGUCCAGACUUUGCUUUGCAUUUAGACAUUACCAAUGUCUAGAACUUCAAACUACUGUACUAAGUAGUAUGUCAGUAUAGUAUACCAUCUAUGGUAUAUGUAUCAGACAAUAUUUUAAACGCAUGUUGAGCAUGGAAAUUUUUUUAAGAAAUAGCACAAGUAAGAAUUGGUGCAUGGGAAGAUGCAAUACCUGGAAAGGGACUGAAUUGAAUUUCAUUUCAUGAGUUUCGCAAAAUGUAUGACAAAGGUGACAAUGUUGAAAUAAUUAGGACAAAAUGACAAAAGUGAUGUACUCUCAUAAUCAGAUCUUGUAAUUGUUAAUAAAUACAUGU